CCGCAAUCAUUUCCGGAUUAAACCAGCGUCCAUUCGCCAAGCGUGUCAUUUUGAGACUUACAUGAGGGAGGUUCUUCGAGAUGUAGAGAGGACGACCCGUCUCCGGCAGUUCCCGCGCUGUUUCCAAAUCGAGUUCGGUUGCUCAUGAAAGCUGUGAUUGGUCUAAGUGGGAUAACAUGAGGGACACAGCAUCAGAAUGAGGGAAUGCUGCUGCUGCGGUACUUAAGUAAUCCAGAACACGAGGCUACGGAGACUCAAGGCAAAAAUAUUCCGCAGUCUGCCGUAGCUUCGUUUCCAUCUUUCUUUCGCACCACCACUACUCGGCACUUUCACGUCCAGACAUGUCUAACAAAGAUUACUAUCAGCAGGGCGGUUCAGGACCUUGUACGGAUUAGCACGUUGUCUCACUUCUACUUGUUGACAUCCUGGCUUUCUAGACAACACCCCUCCAGGACCACCACCAGGGCAAUACUAUCCUCCCCAAGGGCCACCACCACAAGGCGUAUGUCUCCUUUCUGCGAUCGCACCUCGGUCUAUCGUUUGGAUAGCUCAGACGUUUCGAUUAGGGAUACUACCCACAGCAACCACCGCAGGCUUAUCAGCCCGGUCCUUACCAACCUCAAGUGCGCAUUUUUUGCGUGUUGCAAGACACUGACUUAAUAUAAUCAUUGUUAGCCUCAGCCACAAACAG